AUGGAGGCGGAAAUGAACCGGCCGGACGCAUACAAAGUCAUGACAGUUGUCAUGGAGGAGGGCAGACGCGUACUCUGGCUGCCGGUUGAAAAGCUACUGACCGAGGAGACCUACUUUACGCUCCACCUGCCUUUCCCCCAUCGCCCCGAAGUUACCGGUCUUUCCGUCGCUUCGCUGCAUCCCAGUGAGGAGCUGACAGACCACUCAAUCCACCGACUCCGGCUUGACUUCAAGGUGCAGCCCGAGCGUGUUGUCAUCAGCAGGGCUAUUGAUCUUUCAGAGGCAGAAGCGCAACCCAAACCAGACGCUGAGACAGAAACCACUCUGCCCAUCACCAACAUCCCCGCUGACUCCGAGGCCAACGAAGCUGACGAGGAGAAAGGCGGCAACGACGCCGGGGAAGAGGGCGAGGAUGGCACGCCUCAGAUCACUGAUCAGGAUCCGGAGGGUAUGACCUCGCAGCGGACGAGGCGCUUCCCCCGGACAGCCGCUCUGGAACAUGCCAACCAGCUGAGGCGGCAACAACAGGCCCUGUAUACUCGAAACUUCCUGUUAGCUGAUGCCGCUCACUUGGUGCGCUGCUUCAAUGCUGAUUUGCGAGCCCUGCGUCAUCAGAAAAUUCACCUGCAGUUUCUGCUGAAACGCGCUGAGUUAAACCUCCUGACGCUGUAUGAGGAGUACAAGCUGCUGAAGGACUUUGAGAAGUCGGAACGUGGUCUGGCAGAAACCUAUGAGCAGCGUCUGAAGGAUCGCCGUGAAGUGAACGCUAAGGCGACAUAA